AUGCCGCCCAAACAUCCAAAAUCUGCUGGCGGGAGAGGCAGAUCCGGAGAUGACAACAAGGAAGAACCCCUGCAAGCAGUCGUCGUUGCGGACACUUUCGAAGACAGGUUCGCCCCGUUCACUCUCGAGAAGCCGAGAUGUCUAUUAACUUUAGCCAACACCCCCCUGAUUGAAUAUACUCUCGACUAUCUCGCAAGUUGUGGAGUCCAAGUCGUCUACGUCUAUGCCGGGGCACAUGCCGACCAAGUCGAAACCUACAUCGAGGGGUCUCGGUGGAAGUCUCCCAACUCUCCCUUUGAGAGCCUGACCCUUCUGAGGUGCAUCGCGAGCUCAGUGGGCGACAUCAUGAGAGACCUCGACCAAAAGCACUUGAUGGCGGGAGACUUCAUUGUGGUCAGUGGUGACAUAAUCGCAAACUUUCCGAUCGAGAAGGCUUUGCGACAGCACAAGACUCGAAGAGAAAAGGACAAAAAUGCCAUCAUGACCAUGGUUCUUAGGGAGGCCGAACCCGGAAUCCAUGACCAUAGUGGCGGAGUAGUGCCGACCUUUGUCAUCGACCCAACCAAGGAGAGAUGUCUCCACUACGAGGAAGCAUUUCCGGGUACUCAGUUCACCUCCCACAUUGACCCCGAACUGUUGAAAACUCCGGAACUGGAGGUCCGACAGGAUCUCGUUGAUUGCAGAAUUGACAUAUGUACGCCGGAUGUUCUCAGCCUGUGGUCGGACAACUUUGACAACCAGUCGCCUCGAAAGGACUUUCUCUUCGGCGUCCUAAAGGACUGGGAACUGAAUGGAAAGACGAUCCACGUGUAUAUCGUCAAAGACCAUUACGCCGCCCGAGCCGCAGAUUUCUGGUCCUACAACGUUAUAUCUCAAGAUUUGAAGCAAGGCCUAAUCGCAUCAAUUGCGGUGGAAAAUAACGUCUUCGGCGACACACACUACGACCAUUCUCAGAACGGAGUCAUUAUCGAUCAAAAAGUGAUCGCAGUUAAGCCCACCAAACUCGAAGCCGGGACAAUCGUCGGACCUGAAACCACCAUUGGCGCAGGGUGUGAAAUCAGAAGCAGUGUGCUUGGCCAACGGUGUCAUAUUGGCAGAAAUACAAAAUUGGAUGCUGCAUACAUCUGGGAUGACGUGUCUAUUGGCAACAAUGUCAAGAUUUCGCGGGCUAUCAUCGGAAACGAAGCCUUCAUAGGAGACGAUUGCAUCAUCGAAGAAGGCGUUCUGAUUUCUUUUGGCGUUAAGAUCGCUGCUGGCACUACGGUUCGAGCUGGCGCAAGAAUUUGCAAACCACAGCAGGGAGUAGAUGGAGAAUUGAAGAAUGACGCUUUGAUCGUUGGGGAUACAGGAGAAGGCCAUGCUUAUGUGGAGGAUGAGGAGGACUAUCUGAGUUCUAAGCUGUCGAGACUGAUAUACGACAAGCCAGACUUUGCAGAUUCGGUGUCAACUCUGGAGUCGGACAUGUCUGAAGACGAGGUCUCCUCCCUAGGUGGAUCGCGAAGUCAAAGUUUUGGCGAUGAGUCCUUCGACCGGUUUCAACACGACACAGUAGCCAUCCUCGUCCAACGGAUGCAGGAAGGGAAGCACGUGGACGAUAUGCUCAGCGAGCUGAUGGGUUUGAGAUUCAGCGGGGGAGCGGAUGAAACACAGGUUCGCAAAGCCGUUGCAGUGGCGUUGAUGAAGCACAUCCACGGCGAAAUUGAGGCUGGACUGUCCGCUGCAGACGCAACCAGACGAAUCCUUACCGCAUACAACCCACUCAUUCGCCGGACAGGUGCAGAACAGGCGACCGAAGAGCAAGUUUCGUUUCUGCUCGAUGCUCAAAAAGAACUAUCGAAGCGGAAAGACGGUGGCAAGACACUCCUGUUCGUCGUCAAGGAUCUCUAUGAUCUUGAGGUGUUUGGCGAGGAAGCCUUCACUGACUGGUGGGCUGAUGAAAGAUCCAAAAAUGAGCCAGAAAUGGCGGCGGUGAGACAGCCAAGCUCACAGUUCAUCGACUGGCUAGAGAACGCAGAGAGUGAAAGUGAAAGCGAGGAAGAAGAUGAGUAA